AUGACAUCCUCAUCUACAGGUAUGUAUGUAUCUGUAGAUUUUCAUUACAAUGGAUUCUUUUCGCCAAACCCAUUGGUGUACUUAGACCCCGUAAAAACAAAUGUACGUGAUGUGGAUUUUGGGGGAUUUACGUAUAAAGAGUUUCUUUUGUGGCUUACGAAAUUAACAAAUGGAGAAUGUGAUAAUGUCUACUACUGUAUGAGAAAGGAAAGCUUGUGUGAGGGUAUUAGAAGAAUCGACAGUGAUGCUGAUUAUUGGAAGUUUGUGGAGACUGUUUAUAGUCUGGAGAGUGAUAGUCUUGAGAGUGAGUUAGAUGUGUACAUUGACCACCGAAAUGAACCAAUUCUUGAUUGGGCUGAUAACGAGUUCUUAGAAGAUGGUAAAGGGUAUGAGUUGGAUGAAGAGGAUGACAAGGAUUCUAAAAGACCCAUUCUUGACAAACUUUCAGGGCAUAUUAGUGAUGAUGAUGAAGAGGAAGCAAACAAUGGGAAACUUAAGGAUGUUGUGUUCCCUGUCCAUAAUGAGAAUCAAGAAUGGGAGCAAAUGGUGCCAGUUUUGGGUAUGAAGUUUUCUAAUCCAUUGGAAUUGAAGUUGUGUAUCACCAACUAUGCAGUCAAAAAUGGAUAUGAUUUAUGGUAUGAGAAAAGUGAUCAUGAAAGCUUAUUGGUAAAAUGUUAUAAAGGUAAGACAAAUAAACAGGGUAAAGGUUGUCCUUUUAGAUUAUGGGCAACCUGGAUGAGCAGUGAAAAAUCAUUCCAGAUUAAAUCUCUGAAUGAUAUGCAUAAUUGUGCAAGAGUGUUCAAAUUUAGGUCCAUUGUUACCUAUAAAUGGAUAGCAAAGCAUUUCAUGAAUCAUAUACUUCAGAAACCAAAGAUGAGUAUAAGGAAGUUGAAAGCUAAAGUCAGCAAGAAAUUUAAUUUGAUUGCAAGUGUUGGUCAAUGCAGAAAUGCAAGGAAGUAUGCAUUUCAGGAGAUAGAGGGUACUUUGAAAGAGCAUUAUGCAAAAACAUGGAGCUAUGGAGAAGAGAUAAGAAGGACUAACCCUGGAUCAACAGUGAAGAUGGAUGUCGAUGUCAUGCCUGAUGGAACCACAUAUUUCUCAAAGUUUUAUGUAUGUUUCAAGGGAUUGAAGGAUGGAUGGAUUGAAGGUUGUAGGAGGGUAAUUGGACUAGAUGGUUGCUUCCUAAAGGGCAUAUGCAGAGGUCAGUUGCUCUCUGCUAUAGGUAGAGAUGCAAAUAACCAUAUAUAUCCCAUUGUUUGGGCUGUUGUAUCAGUGGAAAGUAAAGAAACAUGGAAGUGGUUUAUUGACCUUCUAAUUGAGGACCUUGGAAUGGGAGUUGGGCAUGGACUAACCUUGAUAUCAGACCAACACAAAGGAUUACUUGAGGCUGUGAAGGAAAGGGUCCCAGCAGCAGAGCAUAGGCAAUCUACUACCCCUGCAAAAUUUGAACAACACAUGAAUGAAAUCAAGAAAUUAGAGCCACUAGCUUAUGACCAUUUGAUGGAAAGGGACCCUAAAACUUGGAGUAAAGCAUUUUUUCAGACUGAUAGGGCUUGUGAUGCAUAUGAAAAUGGUAUCUCUGAGAGUUUCAACUCUGUGAUUGAAGUUGCUAGGAAGAGACCACUAAUCACCAUGUUAGAAGAAAUUCGAAUUUAUGUGAUGGAGAGGCUUUAUAGACAGAAGAUUAAGGGGCAAUCUUGGGAUUUAACCAUAUGUCCUACCAUUAGGCUGAAGUUGUCCAAGCUUAAGGAUCUUCAAAGGUUUUGGAAAGUAAUACCAUCUGGUUAUCAACAGUAUGAAGUCAGACUUGGGUAUGAUGCAUAUGUUGUGGAUAUUGGUAGUAGGACAUGUGCCUGCAGAACUUGGCAGUUAACAGGUUACCCUUGUGUGCAUGGGUAUGCUUGCAUUGCAAGCCUCAACAGGGAUGUAGAGGAGUAUGUGUCACCAUGGUUUACCACAUCAAUGUACCUAAACUGUUACAGGAAUACCAUUAACCCACUAAAUGGUAGUGACAUGUGGCCUCAUGUAUACUACAUCAGCCCAUUGCCCCCCAAAAGGAGAAGGUUACCAGGAAGACCAUCAACAAAAAGGAAAAGGGAUCAGAUUGAGAGGAAAAACCAAGGAAAAAAGCAUUCAAUCACAAAAAGAGGUAGUGUGAUGAAAUGCAGCAUAUGUAGGGAAAGUGGGCAUAAUAGAACAACCUGUCCUCAGAAACCAAUUGGGAAUCAUCAAAUGCAAGUUCAAAGAAAAAGAAAUCCAAGAAAGCCGGUUGUAUUGGCACAUGAAGUUGAUAUUGACAGUGACAGUGAAGUUGAAAUAGAACCUGAAAGUGAUGUUGACUCUUUUGAUCUUGAAUUUGAAGAUGAUGUGCAACCUGAAGUUGAAGAUGGAGUAGAACCUGAAGUCCAAGAUGGAGUGCAACAUGAAGUUCAAGAUGAAGUGCAAGCUGAAGUUGAACCUGAAAAUCAUCCUGAAGUUCAUGAUGCUAACCAAGUUGAAGUUCACCUUGCAGUUCAAGCUGAAGUUGAACCUGAAGUGCAAGUUCAAGUUGAAGAUGCUAACCAAAUUGUAGUUCAAGAUCAAGUGGAAAUACCAGCUUUUCAAGUUGUAGUGGGAAAGAGGGCAAGGAAACCUUCAGAAAGAAUUACAAAACUGAAGAUAAGAAAGAUGUGGGAGGGAAAACAGGGCAGUAGUGAUGACAAUCCGUAUGAGUUGGAUUAA